UGACCAACAGGUUUUUCUGCUCCAGGCUAUGAAUCAUGAACAAAGAAGGUGUGGAAAAGCAGCUAUAAAGACAGAGAGCAAUGCAAACUCCUGUCCAGACUUGACAGGCCUUCUUCCCUUCAACAGCAAAAAGUUUUGCCUGUACCUCCUGGAUGGCGUACUCCACAGGAACGCUCGCUAAGGGCUGCUUUGGGAAGAUCUACAGGCAGAAGUACAACGACACCUGGGCUGCUGUGAAGAAGGUUCCCCAAAAUCUAAUCAGUCGGAAAGACCUGGAGAGAGAAUGUGCAGUUUACAACAAAGCCGAACAUCCCAACAUAGUGAAGCUUCUGGGCAACAUAACACUCACAGAUGGUAAAUGGAUUAUUCCACUGGAGUUCAUCUUUGGAGAAGAUUUGGAGACAACAAUCUUCAUGGCAGCAAAGUCCAAAAUACAGUUGAAUGUUUCAAAUAAAGCCACCAUCACUACUGGCAUGUGUGAAGGUUUGCUUCACCUCCACCUGAACGAUAUCGUCCAUCAGGAUCUGAAACCUGAAAACAUCAUGGUGGAACAUGGAACAAACAGAGCCGUCAUCAUUGAUCUUGGACUGGCUAAGUUUUUCAGACAUGGUCUAAACUCAGCCAUAGACAUGGGGAACGAGGCGUACUCGGCUCCUGAAGUCCUGGAGAGGAGAAUUCAACGGAGUCAGCGUUCAGACGUCUGGGCCAUGGGGAAGAUCAUUGCGGAGCUUUAUGCUCGGAUACGGCUUCACACGCCCACUGUCUGUCCUGCUAAGAUCAGAGAGACGAUGCAGGGUCAGCCCCACUGUGAUGCUGUGUGCAGGAUGGUGGAGCCUGACCCUUCUCGCAGGGCCACCAUGGCUUUGGUCAUAGAUGAGAUUCGAAACGCUGGAAGACAAGCUAAUGGAACCAGAGCAGCAGUUCCAAAAGAUUUUCUAAAACCACCACAGGCGGAUAAGCCUGUCAGACAUAGGUCUUCAUCACCGCCGCGCAGAGCUGCAGGCCGGCUGAACAGAAACCCCAGAGAUCCAUCUCCGUUUCACAAAGACAGAUCUCCAUUACCAUAUAAAUGGGAGCAAACACCCAGACCAGAAAUCAAACCUCUGCGCCCCCAGAUAGGGGCUCACAAUUCUCCCUUCCCCAAUCUGGCACGGGACAAAAACAGGAACCCGGCUUUGGCCCAGCCAGGCAGGACAGACGUGAUGCCUGAUCUCACAAGGAUAAGGUUAGACAACGAAGCAGCUAAGGAACUGCCCAACAACUUACCAAAAUCAGGGAAGGUGGUGGUGCGGCGCAUUGAGCAGAAAAAUGGAAAGAUUGAAACGUGGGAGCAGACGGUCGUGACUCAGGAUGGAAAGAUUAUCAAAUAUGAAGAUGUUAAGAUUAAUGGCUGAAUAACAUCCAUGUUUUUAAAGACAACAAAUUGAACAACAACAAAAAUCUGAGAGAACAAUGGUGAGAAACCCUGGAGGACAUGAACAGUUCCUCAGGAACAAGGAUCUAAUAUGUGAGGUGAAAAGUGUUGAUAAGUCUGCACAUGGCACCAUAAAACAAGGCUGAUUGCAGGAAAAGGGAAGAUGGGACAUGAAAUGAGGUGGAAAUAUGUCCGACUAAA